GGCCCAGCGUGGCAAUCAGUUCUGCUGCUCCGGUCCCCAAGCCCCCGCCUUACAAAUGACUGGUGAGGCUCCCCCAUCAAUCCCGCUUGCAGAGCCCAGCCCGUGCGGUGAGCUGGGCUCCGGGUUCGGGAGGAUAUAAGAGCCGCAGCCGGGGAAGGUGUUUGCACUGCGCAAGGCGGGAGCGGGGCGAGGGACCAUACCGCAGCCAUGGACACGCGCCUGGCGCUGCUGCUGGCCCUGCUCUCGGGCACCGUGACGACGGGCCAGUGCCUGGAAGGAGGGAGCGUGUCCAAGGAGACCCUGGUGGACGAGCCCGACAGCUACCUAGAGAGACUCUCCGACUUGCUGCAGGAGAGUGCGGAUCGUGCCCCUCGGCCCCUCUCUGACGAGCGCCCGCCGGGCACCCUGCUUCGCUCGCUGCUCUACACCCUGCAGCGACCCGGACGCAGCCCCUCCUUCCUGUUCCAGCCCCAAAGGUUUGGCCGAGAGACCCGGGGGAGCUGGGGCGGUGAGGGCCGGCUUAGCCAGCGUGGCUGGGACUCCAUGGCCUCCCAGUUCUGGAGCAUGGCUGUGCCCCAGCGCUUCGGGAAGAAGAAGUGACUCCGAGGGGCUACUUGGCUCCAGCACCCCUGGCCAGAUCAAAGCUCCCGCCACCCCUGAGCAGACUGAGCUGUGAUGACCGGCACAGCCCAGUGGCCGGAUCACAUAGCUCCUGCUCUGGUAACGAUAAUAAAACAUGAGCCUCACAGCUGGGGGAAAUGUGGUCAAUACGCCUAUGGCACACUACCGCCCUUCGCCUCUGGGGGCAGCACACACCCAGGGUGGGGCAGCGCCCUCGCCAUGACACCAUCUGAAAUAGGGGGAGGGAGCGGUUCUGAGCUCUCCCCUGGCUCCAGCCAAAUAGACUGAGCUGGAAAGGGAGAGGCCAGAGGC